ACAACACACAUGCCAGAACGGUUCUAUUUGCAUGUACCAUGUACGUAAUUUUAUAUUUACCAUUUAAAUGUGACCUACAAAAGAUUUACUGAAGAGAUAACUACACUCGGUUGUAUGGAUCUAUAAGGCAGUGGGCAUGGCUUGUAUCAUAGAAUCAUUCAAUAAGGAAGAUAUUCAUUGUCGCCAAGAUGGCGCCGAUGAUAUAUACACUGUAUGGGUUUGCGAUACUUUUCUUCGUAUUUUGGUGUGGAAAAUGGAUAGUACAUUUUACUGCUAUAUUUUAUGGAAAAUGGAAACUACAUAAAAAAGUUUCUCAAUUGCCAUGUGAAACUCCUUAUCCAGGUGUAUCAAUCUUGAAACCGUUGAUGAGUGUAGACCCAAAUUUAUUUAGCAACCUAGAAACUUUCUUCACAAUGAAUUAUCCUGUGUAUGAACUUUUGUUUUGUAUUGAAGAUGAGAGUGAUCCUGCUGUCAUGGUAGUAAUGCAACUUAUAAAGAAAUAUCCAUCUGUAACUUCUAGAUUAUUUACUGGUGGUUCCAAUGUUGGUGUAAAUCCAAAAAUUAACAAUAUGCAACCAGGUUUCACAGCAGCAAAGUAUGAACUCAUACUUAUAUCUGACAGUGGAAUAAGAAUGAAAGAAGACACGCUAUUGGAUAUGGUUUCAUGCAUGACAGAAGAUGUUGGUCUUGUACACCAGAUGCCAUUUACGUGUGACCGUGAUGGUUUCGCAGCUACAUUGGAAAAGGUUUAUUUUGGUACUGCACAAGCACGCAUCUAUUUAGUUGCUGAUUUUCUCCAAGUGAAUUGUCAUACAGGGAUGUCUGCUCUGAUGCGCAAAGCACUAAUUAAUGAAGUUGGAGGAAUUGAAGCAUUCAGCUGUUAUUUGGCAGAAGAUUUCUUUCUUGCCAAGUCAUUAAAAGAAAGGGGUUGGAGGAUGUGUGUCAGCAGUCAACCAGCGUGGCAGAACUCUGGUGUGUGUGAAAUAAACAGUUUUCAGGCUCGAUUGACCAGAUGGGCGAAAUUGCGGGUUGCCAUGGUACCUCAUACCAUUCUUCUGGAACCCUUGUCAGAGUGUAUGGUAAUAGGAGCAUGUGCAUCAUGGGCUGUCUCCUUCCUAUUUAGAUGGGAUCCUCUAGUUUUCUACUUGGUGCACAUCCUCGUCUGGUUUCUUCUCGACUGGAUCUUGCUUUCUAUUAUUCAGAAUGGCUCUUUACCCUUUAACAAAUUUGAUUUUGUUAUGGGGUGGCUAUUUCGAGAAUGUAGCAGUCCGUAUUUGUUCCUUCAUGCUCUUUGGGAUCCAGCAAUAAGAUGGCGUACACGGACCUACAAACUUAAGUGGGGUGGUGUUGCUGAAGAACUUAAACCCAAGGUGAAAGUGUGAAGUGUAAGUGUGUGAGUCAGUACUUAUAGACGAAGUACCAGCAAGUGAGAAAAAACGUUACUGAAGAAACAUACUGUCUUAAAUAUAGGAUUAAUUAUCAUGUGUGGCAACAAACUAUUGUAGCACAACCAUCACAAGUGAUCAAAUGCAGCUGUGUUUUCAGAAAACAAAUUGUAUUUGGUGAUAAAAUGAUCGACCAUAAUAUAUAUAUAUAUAUACAUAUUGAAAGUUAUAUUUUAAAAGUUAUGGCUGUCCGUCCAUACAGUAUGUAAAUACGUCUGCAUUCAUAGAGCAUCAUAAUUUCCAAGCAGUGUGAAGCGUAGUGCGUACAGGUCUGAUACUAUUGUAAACACAGUCUUUUUCUAAACUCUUUCCACUGUCUGGACUUUCAACUGUGGAAGAAAUGAGCAAUUGUAAACAUAAGUUGACAAAAUCAUAGAGAAACUACGAACAUAAUUUGAUAUUGUCUUUCAGUUUUGUUAGGCUAUAACAUUUUUUGUACUGUCCACUAACUUAUGUCCCUUUAUAUUUGUGAUGAAUUUUGCUGUAUAAUGUAAAUGAAGACAGCACUGCACCUAAAGCACUGCUUCUGCCAGCAUUCUUGUAAUGUGUUUCAUAUACUGCUACUAGCGUAGGAUGAUGAACACCUACAGAGUGUUCUAUGAGUUUGGAUCCAUAGGUAAUAUAGGAAUAAUGACACAGUUUGUUACAAGAUAUACUCGGUAUGUCACCACUCACACUGAUGCAAACAUUUUUGUCAGUCCCAGAGAAUGGGACAAAUUGUUUAUGGUAUGUCACUGGAUGCAGUGAUAAAUUGUUUUUGAAGACAUUCAACAUUGUUUACUUAAACAGCUUACAGCUAAGCUGUAGGAUUACCCCAUGGGUGAAAGUUGAGAAGUUUAAUGUUGGGAUCAUGGUGGUCAUUCCAUUUGUCCCUGUCUUCCAAUCCAGUGUUGAGGAAGCUGUUCGUCUAUCUGUUCUUUGGCCAACAUACAUUUCCAAUUGUUUCAGACUUAAAUGUGAUACCUGUAGUGUACUGUUUGGAUGAUUAUAAAAUUGGCAUUAAAUGCAGGUAACCUGAUAGAACAAACAUUGUUAUGUUAAAUUUAUGUCUGGUCUGGGUCUUGUAAAUAAUUAUUAAUUAUGAAAGAAUGAACCAAAUUAUAAUUUUCACUGUGCUGAAUUUUCUUAACCUCCAGGUGGAGUGAGUGCACACUCUGAAGUUACUUGUUGUAUCUUUUGUUAUGAAGUGGUUUUGCUGUCAUAAAAUCAGUCAAAUUUGAUGCUGAGCCUAUUCCAGAAUUUUUAGAAUGUUUCUAUAUCUUCAUAGAUACAUUAUGCUGUAAUUGAACAUUUCACUAAUAAACAAAUAUGAUAUGCAGUUUAUACAUCAGAUUGGAAAGGGAGUAUUUCUCGAUGUGAAUAAUAUUAAAAGCUUUCAUACAUUUUUCUAAGUUAUUUCAAAACUGUUAGUGGAUAUUUUGUGCAUCUCAUAAGAAGUUAAUGUAAUAUACAGGCAUACCUCAUUUUAUUAUGCUUCACUUUAUUGCGCUUCGCAGAUAUUGCGUUUUUUACAAAUUGAAGGUUUGCUGCAACCCUGCGUUGAGCAAGUCUAUUGCCGCCAUUUUUCCAACAGCAUGUGCUCACUUCGUGUGUCUGUGUCACAUUUUGGUAAUUCUAGCAAUAUUUUAAACUUUUUCAUUAUUAUUAUAUCUGUUAAUAGACUGCAGUAUAGUGUAAACAUAACUUUUAUAUGCACUGGGAAACCAAAAAAUUUGUGUGACUCGCUUUAUUGCGGUGGUCUGGAACCGAACCUGUAAUAUCUCCAAGGUAUGCCUGUACUACAGUUUACUGGUGGAAUGUUAAAAUAGAAUAAUGUGCAGGGCAACCUGAUUUGUAGUAAGUUUGUUAGGGAUAUUUAAUAGUUGGUACCAGAUGCUACAAUGAAUAUACUCAUGUCAUCCAUCAUAUUUUUCUCAAUAGGAUAUGUUGUAUAUAAAUUGUAAAAUACAAUUUAAAUUCAGAUGUGCAUUAUCUGUAUUUUAACUGGGGAUGUAAUAUUUAUAUUUUCAGUUUACAGCAGUUGCGUUGUGCACUGCAGAAAUCUAGCAGUUUUCAGUAAUAAAAUACAUUUGUUUAGAUGAUUAUG